CAGAUACCUGAAAGAAACUCUAACAGGGUCAAAGGCCACAUUGAAUUUGCAUUGAGCCAAGCUUGCCACCAAGAGUCCAUCAGUCACCAUGAUGCUGAGCACAGAGGGGAGGGAGGGGUUCGUGGUGAAGGUCAGGGGCCUACCCUGGUCCUGCUCAGCCGAGGAAGUGAUGCACUUCUUCUCUGAUUGCAAAAUCCAAAAUGGCACAUCAGGUGUUCGUUUCAUCUACACCAGAGAAGGCAGACCGAGUGGUGAAGCAUUUGUCGAACUUGAAUCUGAAGAUGAAGUGAAAUUGGCUUUAAAGAAAGACAGAGAAACCAUGGGACACAGAUAUGUUGAAGUAUUCAAAUCCAACAGUGUUGAAAUGGAUUGGGUGUUAAAGCAUACAGGUCCAAAUAGUCCUGAUACUGCCAAUGAUGGCUUUGUACGACUCAGAGGACUCCCAUUUGGCUGUAGCAAGGAAGAAAUUGUUCAGUUCUUUUCAGGGUUGGAAAUUGUGCCAAAUGGGAUGACACUGCCAGUGGACUUUCAGGGGCGGAGCACAGGGGAAGCUUUUGUGCAGUUUGCUUCACAGGAGAUAGCUGAGAAGGCCUUAAAGAAACACAAGGAAAGAAUAGGGCAUAGGUACAUCGAAAUCUUCAAGAGUAGCCGAGCUGAAGUCCGAACCCACUAUGAUCCACCUAGAAAGCUCAUGACUAUGCAGCGCAGGGGUCCUUAUGAUAGGCCAGGGGCUGGAAGAGGGUAUAAUAGCAUUGGCAGAGGAGCCGGGUUUGAAAGAAUGAGGCGGUGCCUAAGGGGAGGGUAUGGAGGCUAUGAUGACUAUGGAGGUUAUAAUGACGGGUAUGGUUUUGGGUCUGAUAGAUUUGGAAGAGACCUAAACUACGGUUUCUCAGGAAUGUCUGAUCAUAGAUAUGGAGAUGGUGGGUCCAGUUUCCAGAGCACCACCGGGCACUGUGUACAUAUGAGGGGAUUACCAUACAGAGCCACCGAGAAUGAUAUUUACAAUUUUUUCUCACCUCUUAAUCCCAUGAGAGUGCACAUUGAAAUAGGACCUGAUGGAAGAGUUACUGGUGAGGCAGAUGUUGAGUUUGCUACUCAUGAAGACGCUGUGGCAGCUAUGGCAAAAGAUAAAGCAAAUAUGCAACACAGAUAUGUGGAGCUCUUCUUGAAUUCUACAGCAGGGGCAAGUGGUGGUGCUUACGGUAGCCAGAUGAUGGGAGGGAUGGGUUUAUCCAACCAAUCUAGUUACGGAGGUCCGGCCAGCCAGCAGCUGAGUGGUGGCUACGGAGGGGGUUAUGGCGGUCAGAGCAGCAUGCGUGGCUAUGACCAAGUUCUUCAGGAAAACUCAAGUGACUAUCAGUCAAACCUUGCUUCGGAAGCAAGGGACCAUCCAAUAGCAUCUACAGCUACCUUUAUAGGAACUGGAUAG